CAGCAUCAGCACCGGCGGCUGCAGCGGCAGCAACAAGUCGGGACUUUCAGAGUGAUGCAACAGACGACUUUUGAGGAAAGCCGGUACCGUUGGCAGGACUCCCUGGAGAAUGUCGCUGUGUGCCUGCCGUUCCGCUGCCCGAGGUGUGGAGACCAUACGAGAUUUAGAAGCUUGUCGUCCUUGAGGGCUCAUCUAGAGUUCAGUCACAGCUACGAGGAACGAACCCUCCUGACAAAAUGCAGCCUCCUGCCGUCUCUCAAGGACACAGACCUACUCAGGUCCUCGGAGCUCCCGAAGCAGGGAAAACUGCUCCGGGGCCACGCAAAGGUGACCAAGCAGAAGCCGAGCUAUGUUAACUUGUAUAGCAUCUCCCAUGGGCACUCCAAGGACCCGAAACCCUUUGAGAUGGUGGCAGAGAGGCCCGUGUCCUACGUGCAGACCUACACAGCCGUGGACAUCCGGGCCGACACUCUGGAUGCUCCCCGGUCCAGCCCUGGACUCCCCACCCAAGACACCAAAGCUGCUUUCGAGGCUCACGUCCGAGAAAAGUUCAAUCGCAUGGUAGAGGCCGUGGACAGGACCAUCGAGAAGAGAAUCGACAAACUCACCAAAGAGUUGGCCCAGAAAACCGCCGAACUGUUGGAAGUCCGGGCAGCCUUUGUGCAGUUGACUCAGAAGAAGCAGGAAGUCCAGAGGCGAGAACGGGCCCUGAACAAACAGGUCGACGUGGCUGUGGAAAUGAUCGCCGUGCUGAAGCAGCGCUUGACGGAGUCCGAGGAGGAGCUCCUGAGGAAAGAGGAAGAAGUUGUCACAUUCAACCAUUUCCUGGAAGCGGCGGCCGAGAAGGAGGUUCAAGGAAAAGCAAGGCUCCAGGACUUUAUUGAGAACCUGCUGCAACGGGUAGAGCUGGCGGAGAAGCAGUUGGAGUACUAUCAAAGCCAGCAGGCCUCCGGUUUCAGCCAUGACACUAGUGAGCACAUGCUCACAGACAUCUCAUCGAGCAGGAAGCCCCGAUGCCUGUACGUAUGCCUUUCUUACACAGGAGCCAUCGGAUAAUGCUUACGUUGUGCGUCUUCUUGUUGCAUUUGAUGAAAUAUCUAUAAGUGGGUUUCUAAGCCUAUUGCGUUUGAUAAGAUAUCAAUGUCUGGACU